AGACACGCGCAGCGUCUGACGCGCGCUUCCUCAGGCGCGCGCUGGUCGAUGGAAGAGCAUCAGUCAAUUACUCAGGCUUCUCGCGGGUACCGUGUGACGGCCGUGGCGGAAUCACCCUCAUACCCUUCAUAAAACUGCCGGCAAUACAGUAAUAACUGCAUUUCCUCGGAAGAUGGUAGCAAAACAGAGGAUCCGAAUGGCUAACGAGAAACACAGCAAAAAUAUUACACAGAGGGGUAACGUGGCGAAGACACUGCGACCGCAGGAGGAGAAGUACCCCGUGGGCCCCUGGCUUCUGGCGCUCUUCGUAUUCGUCGUUUGUGGAUCAGCCAUCUUUCAGAUCAUACAGAGCAUCAGGAUGGGGAUGUGAGCCCAACACCGCACGGUACGCUUCCCUCCUGCCACCACCAGGGGGCCGGGCGGCUGAGCAGCAGGACGCAGAGGCUGGACGCUCCUCCCACAAGGACCUGAUGCAGGGAGCUAAAGACAGGGGGGCAGGGGCAGGGCCUCGUUCAUGCCGCCAUUCUUUAUUCAGCCUGGGGGGGGGAGAGAAUUGACCUAGUCCUGUUUGGGGUUGGGUGGGUGUUGCUCAGUUCACCGCUGUAUUAAUUCUCCAAAGAUUCAUUAUAGGCACCUUGUUAUAAUCAGAGAGAUGCACCUGUCCAUUGUUAGCAAUGGCGCUACCACGCUCCUGUAGUGCUCCGCAGGGUGGGGGGGGGCGAUGGGGCUCACGAUUCUGGGAGCCUGCAGCUGGAGAGGGCCCACAACAAUUCCGUCACUUUUUAAAAACAAGAGAAACUAAUUUAAGGGGGCGCAGAAUUCCACAGCCCUCGUACUCUAGCCUGUGGGGGGAGGGGGGGCUGUCCUUACAGGCCGUAGUCAUGGUUUGAUAUUUGAGGCCCCAGCGCCUGUGUACCGUUAUGGCUCGUAACUUCAAAUGGGAAGGUGGGCCACAAGAGGCCUUGUGAUGGCCAUGGCCAGUGAGGACAGCCCCUGUGUGUGUGUGCAUGUGAGUGUGUGCAUGUGAGUAUGUGUGCAUGUGUGCGUGUGAGUAUGUGUGAGUGUGUAUGAGUGUGAGUGUGGCGUGAGAGUAUGUGUGAGUGUGUAUGAGUGUGAGUGUGUGUGUGCAUGUGUAUGAGUGUGAGAGUGUGUGUGUGUGUGUGAGUGUGUGUAUGAGUGUGUGUGUGUGUGUGUGUGUGUGUGUGUGUGAGUGAGUGUGUGUGUGCAUGUGUAUGAGCGUGAGAGUGUGUGUGUCUCUUCACUGGCUCUUGGGUAAGUUUAUGCACCAGUGGCUUGAGGAGGUUUUGCAGAUUCCAUGUUGGGGGAGAAAAGGGGAGACAUUUUAAAACAUCUGUCAUGCUGAAUACAGACUUUUUCUACCAACUCUUCAGUUAUCAGGUUCCACUGACACUCUUUUACACGUUCGGAAGCACUCACCUUGUCCAGUGUCUGCUUACCGAAAAUGGAGUUGACCGCUGAAUAUGUGCCAGACCCUGUUUAUAUAUUUAAGCUUGUCGCAGGAGAAAUGUUUUUUAAAUAAAGGUUAAAUUUUUUGGGA